GUCCCGGACCAACACCGUCGUCAAGGGCGCGUUCGUCAUCCGCAGUAGCGCCGACAGUUUCCCCCUUGAGUACGGCCAAUAUACGGCCGUUUAUAUUAUAUUAUAAUUAUUAUAUUGUUUUUUAAGUGCGACCAUAAUUAAUGUAAUCAACGGUUAUUAUUGAGAAAAAAAAAGCCACGUCGAGUUUUUUAACGUGACGAGUGACGGGUGCCGUCGGAUUUGAGUGUACCUAUUUUAAAAAAAAAACAAUAAUAUCAUUUUAUUGCUGUUGUCGUUGGUAUUAUGACCGUAGUCGCCCUGGAAGACUUUUCAGCUCGACCGAAGGAUACCACUUAGGAUCGAUAUCAGAAGAAGAACCGUGCCGUGCCUGAGUAUGGAUACCGGCGAUUACCGUUACCGUGGUGGCGGUAAUGUCACGUCCGCAGACGACGAACCCGAAGAUCGUUUUCAACCUUGGCUUUUCAUGGCGGCCGAAGAUCUUCUAGAACAACCGCAGGGAGCUCCCGAGGGAGACGUGCAAACCGAUUAUCUUGCUGCCAAUUUGUUGCUACUCUAUUUGAACUUGGUUAGGCUGUCCAUGCUCAGUAAUGAUGACCGGCAACCUCUACAUUCAGAACUUGUCGAGGAAGAGCGCCAAAUGAUAAAGCAAAAUACAAGUUCUGACGGGUUGAUUGUCGAGCCCGACGUCGACGAGCGGCGGCCUCGGUUGCCCGGGGAACCGGGACCAUCAACAGACGAGCGGCCGUCGACGGACCAGCAACGAGAGCGCCGGCGGUCGCAGGGCAGCACAGCCAUGAUAACCGUAUCGGCGUGCGGUUUCAGAGCGCGGCCCAAACCCACGGCCCUGUUCCCGGUCGACCUGGCCGACAGGUUGAGGUCGCCGCCACCGCAAGGUUCCAGGCCCAGGCAGUACGGACGGCGUAGGAGGAGCGGGGGCGGCGGCGACGGAGGCGGAGACGACACGUCGGAGGAGUUGUCCGUGACCUUAAGAUUGGACCGGGAAGAAGUCGAAGUACACCAGGUCACUUCUACUAGGGAACAGGCGAUGGACCAGGGCGAACAAGGAGAAGAAGGAGACCAACAACAAGAACCCAGGCUCAUCACUCCGCUCAGAGCGUACGAAAUGUCACAGGAGUCCCAAAGUCCAUUAGGCCAAUGGAGCAACAAAUACAGUUCUGUGUUGGCCACGCUCGGCUGUACUUUGGGAGCCUUCAACAUCAGUCGGUUCGCCAUACUCACAGUCCAGUUUGGAGCCAACUUCAUACUACAGUUCCUAGUGUUAUCGUUGCUAGUCGGCGUGCCGCUGUUCACGUUUCACAGUUCGCUUGGCCAGCUGCUAGGCGCCGGUGUGAUGGACAUGUGGAGGAUAUCACCGAUAUUCAAGGGAAUCGGAAUAGCGCUGCUACUGGCCCAAGCGCUCAUCGGCACCUACUCCAUUAUCGGAGUGUCGUGGAUGUUCGCGUACUUCCGCGAUUCGUUCAUCACUAAACAAGACAUUUACAGAUGGGCGGAACCGAUCGACGAGUACAGAGAAGAUGGCGUGCCCUGGACUUAUUCCUCGAACGUCAGCUAUAACAUAGAAGAGACGGUACCAGCAUACUUUAACGGCAUAGCUCUGCAAAGGAAAUAUGUGGAAAAACUCGAGAUGAACGACAACUCGUUGAAACUGCCCGUAGUCGUUAACUUGACCAUCGUUUGGGCGAUUGUAUUUAUAUGCCUUAGCAAAGGUCUCAAGUCUUACAGCAAAGUUGUGUGCAUGUUUUCGCUGGUACCAGUGUUUGGUAUGUUUAUGUUGUGCACGAAGAUGUUGGGCAUGGCACCCAUUAUCGGAUUUCAACAUCAAGACAUCUUUCCGGAAACCGAUUGGAGCGAAUUUUUCCUCAACACUAAAAGUUGGGUAGCUGCUUUUACAGAAACGUUCCUGACGUGGGGCAUAUUGGGAGCGUGCACGAUGCAAAUCACAUCGCACAAUCGGCCGAAGCAUUUGCUGCACAGGGAUGCUUCGCUAGUGGUCAUUCUGACCAUAGCCGUGUUGGUGCUGGCCGCGUUCUUGGCCAACACCUGCGUUCAGCUCCUCGAAGCUCACGGAUACGUGUACCUGCCUAGUUCUUUUGAGCGCGUGAGUUCCUAUACAUUCAUGUUCAAACAAAAUUCCCCUCAAGCCCGCAAACACUUGACGCCGGUGCGAUGGAUGCAGCACAGCAGCUUGUUCAUGGGUGAGAGAACAAUGAAGACCAACGUGCCCGGGGUGCCACAGGAGAGCGGCUACCAAGCGAUGCGACUGGCCACCGAACUCUUUCCGGCCACGUUCGCCUUGAUAGGGGCCAAAAACAUCUCCCCCUUCUGGUCCGUUCUAUUCUAUUUUUCGCUAAUCAUGUUUGGCAUCGGACAACAGAUAGCCAUAUGGCAUUGCGUGGUCAGCGGCGUCAUAUCUCUACAUCCGUUCAAACUGCGUAAGUGGCGCACUACCAUCACAUUUCUGUCAUGCGCCGCCGCUUUUUCUGUUGGCCUGUUCAUGGCGACUGAAUUGGGCAUAUUUAUCGUGUACCUCAUGGACUUCUGCGUGGGGUGCGGCUGGUGGAUGAUGAUAUUGUACUUGCUCGAAAUCGGAGCUUUGUUCAUGGUCCGCGGUAGACCGUAUAGCGGCGAGACGGUAGUGGCAACGCUUUUCUCCCAGGCUAACCAUCAUCUGCAAGUGUGGUUGGCGCCCAUGUUGUCCUUCGACUGGAACAUCGUAGUGCCGGUCGCGCUGAUUUUGCUGAGUACGUCAGUGUUCAAAAACGGAGGAUAUCGUUGGCUGUACAACUGGAAAACCACGUCUCAGGCGUCAUACUGGUCGGCCUCGAGCAGGGAAUUCGGUUGCCUGCUACAAAUACUUCCUUUGCUGAUAGUACCGUUCGCCGGCAUCGUGCAGAGCUGUCGGUACUUGGCCACCGGACCACCGGACUUAUUCGACCGUAUACAAAUGCUAUAUCGGCCAGUGAUUGAGACCCGGAGGAACGCGGAGAACGGGGAUGGAGCCUCGGAAGGCGGUGCCAACGGAUCGGCAGCCGUGCAAAUCGAAGACCCACCGCCCAAGUACACGCCGCCACCGUCUUACUCGACGGCUACCGGAGCAAGAAUCGCCAAAAUGUUGCGACAGAGCAUACGGAGGAGCGUGCGGAGGAUAGCGCACGUGCUGGGAAACCAAACGGCCGCGGCCAUACUGGGCGAAACGUCCACGUCCGCCGCCGUCAACGCUUCUGUCGUGGCCUCGGCGUCGGCUUCCGGCGGUCACCAGGCGCCGCAGUCUCAUCCGGCAGCCUUACGUCAACCGACCGUCUCCUCCACCGCCGGCACAACUCCGACAACGACACCCGACCGACUAGCCACGGCGAUGCCGCCUCCCCCGGAUUACACUACGGUUCUGGUGGAGAUCAGCAAGAACGCCGGCAUCGUCAACGGAAUCGUCGGUGGUUGUAGUACCAGCAGCAGCAGCAGCAGCAGUAGCGUGGGCGAAAUGUCGUCGGCCUCCAGUCUGUCGAACGAGCAGAGCACCAGCAUAGAGUGUCUGAUGGAAAGGGUCGAGCCCAUCAACGUGGAUCGGGCAUGCGGAUCCGGAAUGUAAGACGAUCUCACCCCCUUCCCCGUCUCCAAAAAAAAAAUCUCCUCCGAGACGUUGAAUCAAUGUCGAAGAAAAAAAAACGACAGCCCAGAAAUCGAGGCGCGUUGGCGUUAACGUAAAUGAAAAAAAAAACGAACACAAUCAACUGUACAAAAACUAAUGAUGAAGCGCAUACGUUUUCGUAUAUUAUUAAAAGAAA